AUGCAAAGUAGAAAUGAAGUAGCAGAUAUGGUGUUAAUGAAAAUCCUUUCAAAACUUGCAAGUAAGUCUGUGAUACGCUUCAUGAACGUUUGUAAAUCUUGGCGUUCUUCUCUUGGAACUCCUUAUUUUUGGACUCAACAUCAACAUAAUGGUCUCAAAAGCAACAAGCUCCGUCUCCUCAUCAAAUGCUACCAUCAAAAUGCCCAUUCUAAAACCACUUAUUUCUCUGGUCUUUCAACUGAAAAGAGUGAAAACUUUUCGGUGAAACGAAACAUUCAUAUUCCCUACUUUGAGAAUCUUAAGGAUCAAUAUUCUAUUCAUGGUCAAUGUAAUGGGCUGCUGUGUUUGCACAACCAUGAUGAUAUUGCCAUUUGGAACCCAUCAACAAGGGAAAUUACAAUCCUUCCGCCACCUCCAAUGCAACUCGAUCCUGUUUAUGAUGUAAAUCUUUUGAAUGUUGGGUUUGAUUAUAAAACGAAUGACUACAAAGUGCUGAGGAUGUUCCAAAAAAUUUCUCCACAAAAGUUGUUGUCGACCAUGCUCACUUUCGGAGAUUUUGACUUGCAUGUUCUUUCAUUGGACUUGGCAGAUGAAAAGUUUUCAACACUCCUUGCUCCAUACCAUGAUUGCUUUCUAAUACAUAAAUGGAAUUUUUUCGACUUUUCUGGAUCGCUUGGUGUUAUUUUCAGAAUAGAUCGAAGAGCUAAAUCCAAUUUUGAAAGUUGGGUAAUGAAAGAAUCAUGGAGUAAAGUGUUAAAUAUUGAAUCUAUUUAUGGAGUUGAUUAUCCCAUGGGGUUUUGGAAAAAUGGUGGAUUGUUUUUUUCUGGCUCGAAUAAUGAACUAUUGUUGUUUGAUCCUAAUGUUGGAGAGUUUGAAGGUCUUGGUCCAAUCAAUGGAAGACCAGACAUGCAUGGGAGCACAUAA